AUGUCCCGGUGGAACGCGUGGUGGGAAGUAAAGGUGGAAAGAGGAGGAAAAAAUUGUGUCUAUGAGUUCGAAUUAACGUAUGGGCCAGGAAUUGUGCAAAAACUUCGUGCUCACUUUUUGGAGCUCUCCAAAGAGCAGCCUGCAGUGGUAGCGCACGUACGUUCACCUCGUUUCAAAAGACUGAAAAUUGCUGAAAUUCGCCGGCGUAACAGCAGUAGUAGUGAUAAAUUCAACGACAGCAAUAACAACAGUCAAGACUUAAUUGCUUCAGGAUUCACGAAUAAACUGGCCGGAAAAGACAAGUCUCGUAGCAGUAGUAGCGCUUACAGUAACAUUCAAAAAGUUCCCGGUGUGCACGUCGGAAAGAUCACGAGUUUGGAUCAACCAAAUGGGAUCUAUAUUCAUCGUGCAGCAGCUAUUCGUACAGUUGCUAGAGCGAAUCGCAAAGUGAAGACAUUCGACUCGAUCCGGGAGAAAUUUGAGACAUGUUCCAACCGCUGUUCCAGUGUUCCGCACAAAAAGCGCGGUGCCACAGCGAUGAAACUGGGUGCUCCGAGCGGCACAGUCCGAGUGAUUGUAGAACUAACGCCAAACGAUGACGUUGUAUCAGUUCCUUUUAUAGUCAACCAGCCGCCCAUAUCACCUAAUGUCUCCUCAAUGCUUGAUGCGGAACAAGUGCAGAUGUCCGAAAGCCAUAUGGACAAACGUGUUUGUUUUUAA